CGAGGCGGCCUGGGCCCCACCUCGGAGGGCCGUCCGGGCUCACAUGCCUUUCCAAAAGCUGGCGGCCGGGGGGCACCGCAGCGAUGGCGGGACAGGUGGGGAAUGGGCCUGGGGCCGCCACGGCCCCCACCCUGGAUACGCUGCGAGGCUACCGCGCCUAUGCACGUCGCUGGGUCUUCCUACUCGUCAUCAGCCUACUCAGCUACUCCAACGCCAUGCUGUGGCUCAGCUUCGCGCCUGUGGCUGACAACAUUGCCCGGUACUUCCUCCUGUCCACCGAGCAGAUCAACUGGCUCUCACUGGUCUACCUUGUAGUGUCCAUCCCAGCCGGCGUGGUGGCCAUCUGGGUUCUGGACUCUGUUGGACUUCGCUGGGCGACCAUCCUGUGCGCGUGGCUGAACUUUGCUGGGAGUGUGCUCCGUGCCCUACCCUGCAUGGUGCCCAGCGCCCAGGACCCCUUUGUCUUCCUCAUGGGCGGCCAGAGCCUCUGUGCCCUGGCCCAGACCCUGGUCGUCUUCUCUCCCGCCAAGCUGGCCGCCUUGUGGUUCCCUGAGCACCAGCGAGCCACAGCCAACAUGGUCGGCACCAUGUCCAACCCCCUGGGUGUCCUGGUGGCCAACCUGCUGUCUCCGGCCCUGGUGAAGAAGGAGGAGGACAUCCCCGUGAUGCUGGCCUCCUACAUCAUGCCUGCUGGCCUGGCCUUCCUGCUGGCCACUGCGUGCCUCUGGGAGAGUGUGCCCCCCACCCCGCCCUCUGCUGGGGCUGCCCGCUCCACCUCAGAGAAUUUCCUAGCCGGGCUGAAGCUGCUGGUGAGGAACAAGGACUAUGUCAUCCUGGCCGUGUGCUUUGGUGGCGGCAUUGGCAUCUUCUCCAGCUUCUCGGCUCUCCUGGAGCAGGUCCUCUGUGUGAACGGCUACUCUAAUGAAUUUGCUGGCCUUUGCGGGGCUCUCUUCAUUGCAUUUGGGAUCCUGGGGGCAUUGGCUCUCAGCCUCUAUGUGGACCGGACCAAACAUUUUACUGAAGCCGUCAAGAUUGGCCUUUGCCUGACAUCUCUGGUCUGUGUGGCCUUUGCCUUGGUGUCCCAGCUGCAGGGACAGACCCUUGCGCUGUCCGCCAUCUGCUCGUUGCUUGGGCUCUUUGGCUUCUCUGUGGCGCCCGUUGCCAUGGAGUUGGCCAUCGAGUGCUCCUUCCCUGUGGGCGAGGGUGCGGCCGCUGGUCUGGUCUUCGUGCUGGGGCAGGCAGAGGGUGUGCUCACCAUGGUGCUGCUGACCGCUCUGACUGUGCGCCGCGCGGAGCCGUCCUUCUCCACCUGUCAGGACGGCCAGGACCCACUGGACUGGAAGGGGUCCAUGCUGCUGAUGGCCGGCCUGUGCACUUUCUUCAGCUGCCUCAUGGUGCUCUUCUUCCAUGCCCCGUACCGGCGCCUGCAGGCCGAGGCUGACCGAGCCUCUCCAUCCAGGACGACACGUGCCCGGCAACCUCGGACCACAUACCCCACCCGGCAGCCACCCCUGAGGCUCUGCCUCAGCACCCGCCUAGCCCCCAGCAUGAACCCGGUGAGAAGCCUGGGACAGCUCCUUCCUGGAACCUGAGCUCCUGACCCUGCCUCCCUCCGCCUGGGAGCCCUGGGUCCCCCGGGCCCCCCAGGGACAUCAUGGGGGCCCUGCAGAGGGCUAGAGGCCAAGGGAGCUUAGUGUGUCAAGAAGCAGGCCUGGGGACAUGAAGGGGAGGUGGGGAGAGACAGGCUCUGGUCACCCCGGCUGUGCCAGUCAUGACUGUGCCUGGGACGGUGUCAGAAUCCAGGGGGACUUGGGGGCAUUAAACACCCAGGGCCUGGCAAGCUGGCCCAGGGGACACUCGAUGGCUGUAGCAGGAGCUGCUGCUCUGUAGACAGGAAGCCACUGACCAGGCUGAUGCCCCAGGGGCCAGGCCAGACUCAGGGUAUCUGGUGAAGGGACUAUGUGUGGGGAGGCUGGGCUGGCCUGGGGGGCAUAGGCAGAGGGGAACUGUUGGGUUGGGGACCCUGGGGGCCCCAGCAUGGCUGAGCCUGUAAUGGACAGGUGUGGGGAAGGCCUCCCUUAAAGGAUCUCUCCCAGAGCCACUCUUAGCCUCUGCUGACGACUGAAUGACAGACCUCCAGCUGGGUGCCAGCACAGGUGGGGAGAACAGGUGGGGCCAGGCAGGGCUGGAGAGAGGAGCAGAGGGUGGGCCCUGGGCAGACCCUCCCACACCCAGGUGAACAGCUUCUUCCCCCGGCAGAGACACUUGCAGGCAGGUUUGGGUUCACUUUUAUUGAGCUGGCCGCACCCGGUGGGGGGGCCCUCACUCCCUCUCCUCCCCAUGAGUGAGCACAUAGCUCAGUGACUUAUAGUCCAGGUUGCCAGCAGUGUCGAUGGUUGAGAACUGGAACAUCUGGUCUACCUGUGGGUUUGGUGGGGGGCGUCAGGCCCAGGCGGUGGGGGCAGAGUGGAAGGGUCCCCAAGGUCACGACCAAAGGGUAAAUUACAGGCACUAAACUCCA